CCGGCCCGCAGCGCACGAUGUAAGCUUCGUUCGCUGCUCAGUCGCGCUCUGUAUAUCGCUGUGAUAACACAAACGACCGUACUUGUUUGAAUAUAAACACGCGCUACUUUCCCGCGACGUAUACAUCACCGUGCCGAGUGAUGUACGCGAGUGUACCCAGUCUGUGUAAAUUUCUUGUUAACAGCCAUUCGUGACAGUGCAAAUGUCGCCAAGCUUGGAAGAAAUCAUGUUCAAUAGGAACACAAACCUGUCGGCGCGCCGGCCACUGUUGGUGGACGCGCAAAAGCCUCUUGUAGUCCCUCCACGCGUGCCUCCUCGCGACACUGGACCACAGCGGCUGUUGCACGCAUCUAGGAACCAACCCACCGACUAUCCCUACGAAUACAGACCGGAUUACUGGAAGCCUUCGAAUGUCGAACUCGAGAAACGAUUGCAAGAGACGCGAGCUCGCGAGAAAGUCGGUUACUUUCAAGACAAAGUUACACCCCCCGAUUUGAGCUUGGACCGCAGAGAAGCUGAACUGAUAUUUAAAUUCGACCCUCACGCUUCUGCGGAGUAUCUGUCGAGUCAGUAUCGAGCCCCCACGGUGCACUAUGCGAAACCACCGACGCCAGCAAACGGGUUUACUAACCGUCUACCAGAGAGAGACGGUCCCUUUGUUUUCGGCGUACAUAGUCCAAGCCAAUUUCCGAUAUCUCGACGGGAUGACGACGACUAUGAUUACUCUGAGGUGGCGGAAACGAAUCGCCGUCCUGUUGUUAGAGACGAUGUGUCCGAAGACUUAAAUUGCUGUGAUAGAGUGAACGAGUGGACAGUACGGGAUAAGAAAAGCAGAAAAUCAUUAAACAGGAUGUUUCAAAUAAGAGAUAGACGAAAGUUAAAAAGUGGGAAAAAGGACAAGAUAAAGUGUGUGUUAGUUGGUGAUGGGGCAGUGGGGAAAAGCUCAUUGAUAGCUGCAUACGCGCAAGAUACAUUCCGAGAAGACUAUCUGCCGACUGCACAUGACACUUUUAAUGUUGCCGUGAACGUGGACGAUCGGUCGGUCUGCGUGGAAAUCUGUGAUACUGCUGGACAGGACUCAAUGUCGCCUCUCCGAUCGCUGUGCUUCCCCGGCACAGAUGUGCUAAUGCUGUGUUUCUCUGUGGUGCGUCCAGAGACAUUUAAGUCCGUCGCCGAACGGUGGACGAAAGCUGUUGCUGGUGUUAAGGCGCCCCUAAUCCUUGUCGGUACACAAAGUGACUUGGCCACGGAACCACGAGUGCUGCAAUCAUUGCGAGCCCGUGGAGAACAUCCAAUCACAGAGAUGGAGGCGCGAGCACUUGCUGCGAAAAUUAACGCAAUUUACAUAGAAACCUCAUCGAAAACUAGAAAACAACUAAAAGAUGCCUUCGACGCUGCCAUCUUGGCUGGCUUGCCCGUUAUACAGAACAAGAAGCCAUUUUGGAAAAAAAUGUGUUGUAUAUGAA